UUGGAGAUUCGAGUUGCAACGCUUGGAGAUAAGCAUCCUGACACGGCGACAACCUACCACAACAUGGGCAACGCGUACUAUAGCCAAGGCCAGUAUGAGCGUGCCCUCGAGUACUACAGCAAGGUCUUGGAGGUCCAGGUGGCAACGCUUGGAGAUAAGCAUCCUGAUAUGGCGGCCACCUACCACAACCUGGCCAACGUGUGCAUGAGCCAGGGCCAGUGCGAGCGUGCCCUCGAGUACUGUGGCAAAGCCCUGGAGAUUCAGCUCGCCGCGCUGGGUGAGCAACAUCCAAGCACCGCAACAACUUAUCACAACAUGGGCAACGCGUACUAUAGCCAAGGCCAAUACGAGCGUGCCCUCGAGUACUACAGCAAGGUCUUGGAGAUUCGAGUUGCAACGCUUGGAGAUAAGCAUCCUGAUAUGGCGGCCACCUACCACAACCUGGGCAACGUGUGCAUGAGCCAGGGCCAGUGCGAGCGUGCCCUCGAGUACUGUGGCAAAGCCCUGGAGAUUCAGCUCGCC